UCUGCCGUGCCGCGCUUUACAAGUAAUUAAGUGUGUGUUGGCGUAUUUACUUCAAUCAGUUAUAGCAGAAAACUGUGCGCAACUAAAGUGAUACCGAUAUUUCAAUCACUUGAACGAUGAUAAAAAAGCCGAGCCUCUUUGCAAAAACUUUCCAGCUUUGGUUAACACUUGUAAAGGCUUUCCUGUUACUUUUUGGGGAGACAACCUUCAUGAACAAUGGGACAUUAGCCUCACUUCAGCUUGAAGCGAUAAAAGUAACGAGUGGACCUAUUUCUGCAGGAAAAACUGCAUUUAUUCAGGCCAAUGUCACACAACAGACCCCAGCCAUAGACAACGCAACUGAAGUGAUUUUACACUUUACGUUACCAAGUUAUCUCAUUUACGAACAGUUCACCUCAAACGGAUCACGUACCCCAAGUGACGUCACCGUUUCUCGUGACGAUAAAUUUCUCUCCCUUACAAUGAAGUUCGACGAGCUCUUGACAACGGAGUACGUGGCUGUACAAGCAGCAUUUCACUUGGAUCCGAACAACAAUUUCCAUGACGACUUAUUUCAUUAGGCACCAUGUAAAGUGAGCCUGCGAUACCAACGUCACGACCCGUGCGGCUGUGAAUCCAGAAACAACCAUGACGUAAUGGCGGAGAUCCCUUUCUACAGUCCAGAUUGUGAGGGCUUUGGGCCUGUCGGUCUAUCAAUCGGAGAAAUAAAGGAUAGCCAAAUAGCAUCGUCUUCUAGUAGAGCGUGAACGUUUCUGUCGUACUCCGGAAGAAUUGGAGAUAACUUUGCAGGAUGGAUCCCUGAGAAGAGAUCAAGCAGAGAAUUCCAUACUUUGCAUUUCUUUGAAGUUGAUUUGAAAUUGGUCACCCACAUUAAAAUGGCCGCUAUUCAAGGAGUAGCCAAGGAAAUUCCGUCAGAAAAGAUCUUUCUGGUAACCAGUGAAGACGGAUUGGAGUGGAAAGAGAGAAGAUAUGCGACUGAAACAGCGGUUGAUCGCAUCGACAGCUACACGGUUAUGGUCAUGAAAAGUUUAAAGUUUGGAGCCUCCGCUCGUUUUGUCAGGAUUGUUCUUCCGCCAUUUGAUAAGCGGAUGAAGAUAGGAAAAGAAAUGCCCGGUUACAAAGUCGAAUUAUUCCGAUGUUCAAACAAUGGAAGUGCCUGGCGUGGAAACACUGUCCCUUUACCCAUUGGAAUAGGGAUAGAAUCAGGUGCCAUUCCUGACAACCAGUUUACGUCAACCUCUCCACUGAGCCCUGAAUACGGAGCGCAUUUCUCGAGGCUGAACUCAAAGUCGGGUGGAGGGGCGUGGUGUGCUGCGUCAUGUGAUCCUUCUGCUUACCUGCAGAUUGACUUGGGCCGAGUCUCUUUCAUUCGAGAGUUGGAUGUGCAAAGCAAACAUGACCAUUCAGGAAGUACAAACGCAGUGCUAUCAUUCUAUUUGGAAUACAGUGUUGAUGGUGCAGCAUGGGAAUAUUACAAAGCAAAUGGAGCAAACAAGCUCUUCUUGGGAAGCACCCUGAGAAAUCUAGCAAUUCGACACAAGCUCUUGAUUCCAGUCAACGCGCGAUUCGUUCGGUUUCGACCCAAGACCUGUAUCAACAAGGCGUGUAUUAGAGUGGAAUUGUACUCCUACCAAGACACCGGUAAAUUUGAAUGUUAAAUUUAGCGAUUGUUCAUGAUACCAUAGUAGAAUUUUCAUGAUACCAGAAUAACUUUUGUGUUUCUCAUAACAAGCGCUAUCGUUUGCUUACAAUAUCAGGCAUAAAAUACACAUAUUUUCAUUCACUGUCGCCCUUCGAAUAUUUUUGUUUAUUUUCCUUCAAUUUAUACACCUCUUAUGGCCAGAAAUGAGCCUCUUCAAUAUCUCUGGUAAAACACUGUAUUCUAGAAGCAAAUUCCAUGCGUAGAAUUUCAUAAUAUUUUCAUAACCUUUCGCCGAAUUCUCGUCAACUUUUCACGGAACAGUGAUUGAUAGGAAUGAAUAACUACGGUAAAAUUUUCCGGCGAGGCUGCACUCACCCUGUAAAACACCCAAUCACCUCCAUCCUAGUUCCGCGAGGCCAGUCUUAUGCCCAGAUCCUACCGUUUAACUGUAACUGAAAUGUUGGCCGUGAAAGGUCCGAGUAAGAAAAUAGUUCGAAGGUUAAUAAACCCUGAGACCUCCCACAAACCGUAACAGGCAUGUGUUAGCCCGCUUAUGAAAUCCCAGUCCUUUAAUUUUUUCCACG